UCCCCGCGCGCGGAGGACGAUGGGGCUGGCGCCAAGGGCGGGCGAUUCGCCGCGGGAGGUGGCGCGGGAGCGCGGCAUGGAGGUGCUGGCCUAGCUGGGGCCCGUGGCCCUACGUCGUCUGGCUGCGACGCGGAUCCUGCGCACGCUGCAGGGCGGUGAGCGCCCGAGGGACCGGGAGGCGAGCCAUGAGGCUAACCUCAUGGCGAGCCGAGGACCCCCAGGCGGGUGUGGGCAUCGUUUCCACAGCUUGCGUCCCCUAAGCCGCGCUCGGGCCAUGAUCACUCGGUGAAGCUGCGCGGCGACACCGCGGCCGACUUCUUCCCGCGCUGUGAGGACCUGUGCGCGCUGCAGGACUCAGUGCCUCUGCCCGCCUUGCGCCCUUCCCUGCGGGAGGGCCUGCUGGACUUAACGCCGACCGCCUCCGCAGGGUGGACUGGGCGCCGCUCCUGAGCACCCUCUGCCCCUGAUCUGUAUCCAGAGCUUCUUCCAGCCACGGCUGGGCGAGACAGGUUCAUCAGAAUUUCCUGUGACUGUGACAGUAGAGAGUCCUUCCUCCUCAGAAAUUGAAGAGGUCGAUGAUUCCUCAGAAAGUGUUUAGGAAGAGCCAGAGAAAAUUUGUUUGAAACAAGAAGCAUUGCCGGUACAAAGUGACCUUGGUGAAUGGGAAGACUACCACCUCCGUGAGCAGGAAUGGCACCCAGCGUCCUGAGUCCACAGUGUGGCUCUGCUACUUAGUGGUGUGACCUUGGCUGUGCUGCUCUACUUACUCUACUUCUCUGCCUCUGUUUCCCUCAUCUGUAAAAUAACAUGGACUGGAACAUGAAAAUGCCCAGUUAAGAAAUAUAAAUUUCUCUUUGUCUGAAGCCCUUCAUGUCCACUCGUUGACAAGCAUGAUCCUGGAUGAUGAAGGUGUUUUGGGCAGCAUUGAGAAUUCUUUUCAGAAGAAUUCUUUUCAGAAGAAUUUCUUGGAUCUCCUUAAAUAUGCUGGGCUUGGGCAGCUGGCCACAAUGGCUGGUAUAGAUCAGUCAGAUUUUCAUUUACUAGGUCGUCCCCAGAUGAAUUCUACUGUUAGUAGCCCACCUAAAGAAGAAAAGAAGGCACUUGAAGAAGAAAAAUCAGAAUCAAAGCAGAGUGCCCCAGGACCAACGCAAAAUCUCCAAUUUCAGAAAAUUACAGGUGAUGCUGGGAUUCCUUUGCCUGUCGACUCCUUCCAUGUCCCAGUCUCUACUCAGGAGGCCUUAGAAACUUCCAAAGACAACCUGGGGGUCGCAGUCACAGAGCAGCGGCAGGAGUCUUUUGAAGAUUUCAUUGCUAGAACAUAUUCUCCUUCAGCAGACGUCAUUUCUGGAACUGGAAGUCAAAGAAAAGAAGAGGAAUUACUUAGAAAUAGCAGGUCUUCUUCAGAGAAAAUGACCAGAGCAUAAUAUACCAAAAACUACUCUGCUAAGAAACAACCUGGGAAGGACCUGCAUUCUUGCUCUGACUCACCUGUAAAGCAGAAAAGCCAAGGAAUUGGGCAAAAUAAUUCUUUGCUUAAUGAACCAAUUAGAAGUGAGUCUUCGAAAAAACACAUUUCUGUUAAGAAAGAGAGUACAAUAGUGACUGUUUCUUCAAAGACAACUAAAAGUAAACUCAGUCUACUAGAACAUUCUGAAAGUGAUACUCUUGGAUCUGAUUGUGAAUUUCCAGAAAGUAUCCAUAUUCCAUCACGCCUAACAUAGGUCUAAAUCUUUUAAAAUCUUUUAAAAUUAUGUUUUUGCCUUCAAAUUUUAAUAAAUUACUUAUGUUUUUAUUAUAGCAUAUGGUGUUUUAAAAUACUUGACUGGAAGCCAUUAGAGAAAGAUUUGUCUAUACUUUUUUAUUAUAAUGGAAGUUUUGGUGUAUUUUUCCUUGUGACAGUUUGCACCAUUCAUUCAGCUAGUGUUUACUGAGGGCUUCAUAUGUACAGUCCUUUUCUGGGUGCUAUUGCUUUCAGCAGUGAACAAAAUAAAGCUUUUACUCUCCUGGAACUAA